UGGACGGCGGAGGAGUCCCAGCUCUUCUGGAUGGCGCUGAUCCAGUAUCCGCAGGGGCCGUGGACGUCCAUCGCCGAGUUCAUCGGCACCAAGUCGACUCGCCAGGCCAUGACCCACGGCCAGAAGCUGCGGCAGAAACUCAAGCGCUGGAACAAGCGGCUGCGC